UCCGGGGGCGGGCGGCGGGGCCGUGUGCCCGCCGUGUCCGGCUGAUUCACCGCGGGCUGCCGCUCCCCUCCCCCUUCAGCCGGGACGCUCCCGCAGCGCGCCGCCGUCCGCCUGCCUUGGGGCUGAGGAAGGGCAGCAUCGGGGACAGGCGGACGGGCUCGCUUGGUCCGGUUUUAGCCUAAUUAUUGUUUCCAUUAGGUCGAGCACGAAGUUCCGUGGUGCCUGUGCGAGUGCGCUGGGUGCUGCUUCCUAAGCGGGGCUCGUCCUUGCUGGAGAAAAGGGUGGAAAGGCAGGGAAGGGUGGUGGGCGCGGUGCUGGCGGGCGCCGGAGAGUCCUGGAAAGGCGCGGUGUCCUUGGCACCGUGCUCGCGGUCUGCCCCGGUGUGAGGGAUAGCGCCUCAGCGCUGCAGAUAAGGGCGGGGAUGGGGGCAGGGGAGCGGUGUGACACAGGUACACCGGGAGAUUCGCUGAAUCUGUGCCGCCGCCGAAACAAAGGUGACACGGGUGACCCGCAGCUUCGUGGGGUUUGACUCGUAGCCGGGAGGAGUUUCACGUCUGUGGAAGUGUGCAUGCGGCGUGGCAUCGGCGCUGUUUUGUUAAAAGACGUGCCUUAAAUUAACCUUCAGGACACUCAGACUGAAGUGCAAACAGAGCCUGUAAGGAAAAGAUCUCUCACUGAAAAUGGCGGAAGCUCAUCAGGCAGUAGCUUUUCAGUUUACAGUAACUCCAGAUGGGAUUGACCUGCGGAUGAGCCAUGAGGCACUCAAACAGAUUUACCUGUCGGGUGUCUAUUCAUGGAAGAAGAAGUUCAUCAGAUUUAAGAACGGAAUUAUCACCGGUGUUUACCCUGCUAGCCCAUCUAGCUGGCUUAUUGUAGUUGUGGGUGUGAUGUCAACCAUGUAUGCUAAAAUUGAUCCUUCCUUAGGGAUAAUAGCCAAGAUCAACCGAACACUUGAUACAACUGGCUAUAUGUCAAACCAAACACAGAACAUUGUGAGUGGAGUACUUUUUGGCACAGGGCUUUGGGUUGCCCUUAUCGUCACAAUGCGCUACUCCCUGAAAAUGCUGCUCUCCUACCAUGGUUGGAUGUUCUCUGAGCAUGGCAAGCUUAGUGCUGGCACCAAGUUUUGGAUGACCCUUGUAAAACUUUUCUCAGGGCGUAAACCCAUGUUAUACAGUUUCCAGACAUCUUUACCACGAUUGCCAGUUCCAGCUGUUAAAGACACAGUUAAUAGGUAUCUGGAGUCAGUUCGACCACUUAUGGAUGAUGAAAAGUUCAAAAGAAUGGAGGGUCUUGCCAAAGAUUUUGCUUAUAAUUUGGGACCAAGGCUUCAGUGGUAUUUGAAGCUAAAAUCCUGGUGGGCCACCAAUUAUGUUAGUGAUUGGUGGGAAGAAUAUAUCUACCUUAGAGGACGUGGACCAAUCAUGGUUAAUAGCAACUAUUUUGCAAUGGACUUCCUUUCUUUAUAUCCCACAACCGUGCAGGCAGCUAGAGCUGGUAAUGUUAUCCAUGCCAUCCUGCUCUAUCGGAAAAAACUGGACAGACAAGAAAUCAAGCCAAUUCUUUUGAUGGGAUCCACUGUUCCACUCUGCUCAGCUCAGUGGGAAAGGAUGUUCAAUACUUCCCGUAUCCCGGGAGAGGAAUCAGAUAUCCUCCAGCAUGUGAAAGACAGCAAACACAUUGUUGUGUAUCACAAGGGCCGUUACUUCAAAGUGUGGCUGUACCACGAUGGCAGAUUGUUGAGACCCCGAGAAAUUGAACAGCAAAUACAGAGGAUUCUUGAGGAUGAUUCAGAACCUCAGCCUGGUGAAGAGAAACUUGCAGCUCUUACUGCUGGAGAUAGAGUGCCAUGGGCUAAGGCUCGUCAGGCUUAUUUUAGCCGUGGAAAGAACAAGCAGUCCUUAGAUGCUGUUGAGAAAGCAGCAUUUUUUGUGACAUUGGAUGACAUGGAGCAGGGCUACAAGAAGGAGGACCCAGUGAGGUCACUGGAUGCAUAUGCAAAAUCAUUGAUACAUGGCAAAUGUUAUGACAGAUGGUUUGAUAAGACGUUCACUCUUAUAAUAUUCAAAAAUGGCAGAAUAGGUCUGAAUGCAGAGCACUCCUGGGCAGAUGCUCCUAUUGUUGGACACCUGUGGGAGAAUGUGAUGGCAACUGAGUAUCUUGAACUGGGCUAUUCAGUAGAUGGACAUUGCAGAGGAGAUCCCAAUCCGAACAUUCCCAUUCCUACCAAACUGCAAUGGGAAAUUCCAGAAGAAUGCCAAGAAGUGAUUGAGAAGUCUCUGAGCACUGCUGUAGCUCUAGCAGAUGAUGUGGACUUCUGUUCAUUUUGUUUUGAUGCUUUUGGGAAAGGUCUAAUAAAGAAAGUGAAAACCAGCCCUGAUGCCUUUGUGCAGCUUGCCCUGCAGCUCGCUCACUACCGGGACAUGGGAAAGUUUUCUUUAACGUAUGAAGCGUCCAUGACACGCCUGUUCCGAGAAGGCAGGACCGAGACGGUUCGAUCGUGCACGGUGGAGUCCUGUCGUUUUGUCCAAGCCAUGGAAGACCCCACUGAAAGUAGAGAAAAUACGCUGAAGUUCUUCCGGCAGGCAGCUGACAAACAUCAGCACUUGUAUCGCCUUGCCAUGACUGGGUCGGGCAUUGACCGCCACCUCUUCUGCCUCUACGUCGUGUCCAAGUACCUCGCUGUGGAUUCUCCUUUCCUCAAGGAAGUUUUGUCAGAACCUUGGAGGCUGUCAACGAGUCAGACACCCCAGCAGCACAUUGAUUUGAAGAAGAACCCGGAGAUGUUGUCCUCUGGUGGAGGGUUUGGACCGGUGGCUGAUGAUGGUUAUGGUGUUUCUUACAUUAUCUUGGGUGAAAAUUUAGUCCAUUUCCAUGUCUCCAGCAAAAUAUCCUGUUCUGAGACGGAUUCUCAUCGCUUUGGGAAGAACAUCAAGAAAGCAAUGGUCGACAUCAUGGCUCUAUUUAACCUCAGUAAAAACUGUACUAAGUGAUCUGCUUUCUUGAUGCCAAGCAAUCUCCUGUUGGUGGGAUAAGAGCUCUGCUGCACAGUGGACAAGAGCAAGGUUUGUUGAAGAGUAGCUGGAGAAGAAACUGAGUCAGCACCUUCUUGAUCACCUAUUAAAACCUUAGCAGUAUAUUAAAUGUGUCUUUUUUGUUGUGGUUUGUUUUUGGGGGUUUUUUGUCAGUAGUAUGGAAGAGCUUAUUUCAACAAAGGAUGACUUCUGAAAUAUUCUGUGUUUCUAGGGAGGAAGCAUAGUAUCAUUGCAUGAAGUCAUGUAUCUUCUAACUUCUGCAGUUUUCUCUUAAUUUGUGUACACUUUCUCUUUUUUUUUUUUUAACUUUAAAUUAGUUUACUUGUUUCCAGAAUCAAAGGGAUAAAACACACCAACUUAAAUACUAGAAAAAGUUAGAUUUGCUAUGUAUUAAUGACAGAAUGUUCAUCAAUGUAUCUGCUGCUUUAUGUAGGUGAGUGACAAAACUUGUGGCCAUUUGCCUUCCUUGGUUUCUUUUUAGAGGUAAAUUCUGUAAAACAUACCAAAAAAUCCCUGCUGUAACCCACCUUAACACACUGAGUUGUAGAAAUGUUAUGGUUUCUGAAAAGCAUAAAAAAAAAAAAGAAACCCAGUCAUUGGAUAGUACAAUGUGUCCCCUCAUUAGCAGCUAUCACAUUUUUCUUACUGCUCGCAAGCCUGGUCAUGACGUUGAUUUUAUUUCUGUAUAAAUAAAUGGACCUGUGUGCUUGUUCAUGCAAGUGCCUUAGAAAAACAAAGAUCCUUAGCCCAGGAAAAAGGCAUAUGCUGGGAGUUGUUUCAGUGGUGAAAGAGGGAAGGUUGUAGUACUGCAGAUCUGGUUUUCAAAUUACAAAUUUAGGAUAAGUGGCAUAAGCAGAAGUGAAUAUGUUGCCAAAUGGUGCAGUCAAGUUUAAAAUUCUAAUGAAAUGCUCCUGUGUUAAAUAGCAAAGGUCGGUCCUUAGGAAGGGCAGGACUAACUUUGUUUGGGAUUAACAGAUAUUCAUGUGUUUGUUUGGGUGAGUGGAAUUGGUGGUCACUCGGGGUUCUGGGUGCUGGGAAAUGUUAACUGAGUUGAAUGCACCCUGUUGGAAAGCCUGCAAAGCAAGGCUGCCCGUGUGGGCUGGUGGAUUGCAGUUUGCCUAGAAGGACCACUGCUGCAUGGCCAGGCACCUGCAUGACAAGGGCCAACUGCUAAAGCCAUGGGAAAUAGCUCCAGAGUGGGAAAAUCGUGGCCUUCUCAAACCCCUCCUGGGAGAUGCUCUUGGUCAAGCAGUUUCUAAAGGAUACAGGGAGGGAAGGGAAGCUUUUU